AAAUAAAAAUCCCCUCAAAACCUUACCCUUCUCAACUCUCUCCUUCCCAUCAAAAGAAAAAAAUAGUCUAAAAGAGACUAACCCAAGUGACAAUGGCUCAAUCCAUGCUAAUGUCUAGUCUCACAGGCCAUUUGUUAGACUCAAGGAAAGAGCCGUUGCUUGAAUUUCAAAUUCGCCGACUUCGCCCAACCUCAUUCUCUCAUCUCAUAAUCUCUCCAUCAUCAACCCAUCAAGGCCCACCUUCUACUGGGGCUUAUGCACCUACACUAGCAAUCUUCAAGCCCAAGACAAAAGCCCCACCUCCCAAGAAGGUGGAGGCAAAGCCAAAGGUUGAGGAUGGUAUUUUUGGCACAUCUGGGGGUAUUGGAUUUACUAAGCAGAAUGAGCUCUUUGUGGGCCGGGUUGCUAUGAUUGGAUUCGCUGCAUCUUUGUUGGGAGAAGCGGUCACGGGCAAAGGAAUUCUGUCUCAGUUGAAUUUGGAAACUGGAAUUCCGAUCUACGAAGCAGAGCCUCUUCUUCUCUUCUUCAUCCUCUUCACACUGCUCGGAGCGAUUGGUGCUUUGGGCGAUCGCGGUCGCUUUGUCGAUGAUCCUCCCACAGGGCUUGACAGAGCAGUGAUUCCUCCUGGGAAAGGCUUGAGAUCUGCAUUGGGCCUCAAAGAAGGAGGUCCACUCUUCGGAUUUACAAAGUCGAACGAACUCUUCGUGGGAAGAUUGGCUCAGCUUGGGAUCGCCUUCUCUCUAAUUGGGGAGAUUAUCACAGGAAAGGGAGCAUUAGCACAGCUAAACAUCGAAACAGGCAUACCCAUCAACGACAUUGAGCCGCUUGUGCUGUUCAAUGUUCUCUUCUUCUUCUUUGCGGCCAUUAAUCCGGGAACAGGCAAGUUCGUGACAGACGAAGAGGAAUAGUAGUAGAUUAUAAGUAAACUAGGAUUUGGUGUUUUUAAUUACCUUUGUAUUUUGUUGCUUUAUGUUGUAAUGAUCAUUUUGGAUUCUUCAUGUUUCUGAUACUAGUUUAUGUUUUGUAUUACUUUCA